GUGAAAAGUGAUGUCGUGCAGAAUUUAAAGGAAUAAAUUUACCAUGUGUUUGUUUUUAAAUUAAAAAAAAUUUUUUUUUUUUAUUUAUAACCGUGUAUUUUAUUUUUAUCGAAAAGUGUAUCGUUAUUUAUGAUUAUUAUUAUUUAGCAACGUUAAAUAUUGGACGAUCUGCGGAUUUAUUUUAUCACCAAUGGAUUACUGUGAUUUACGAGAAUAUAUAUGUACUUAUAAAUUUAUAUAGUGGUUUGUUUUAUUUUGUAUCACUAUCUAUCAGCAAUAUGGAGUUUAUAGAUUAAUUUAUUUCGUUUUAAUAAAAAAAGUUUAAUACGUUUGUAAUUAAAUUAAUAAUUUAUCAACUCAGUUUUGUUUUAUCCAUUGACUGGGGUUGUUAUUUAUGUGUGAUUAAAGUGUUUUUUUUUUGUGCGUUUAUCAUCUGGUACAAACUGUUUUAUUUAUUCGUACUGGCUGGAUACUCAUGGGAGACUGAUAGUUUUUUCUGAAUGAAGAGGAGAUGGCGGGCUUCACGAUAUGGAGACGUUUAUUACUGGUGAUUAUUGGAGGCACUCAGAUACUUAAAGCUGAACCUUCUGCUUUGCCGACUGUUAAAAGUGCUGGUUCAAGCCUUGCAAGUGUCGUAGCAGGUGAUACAAAGCCUAGCCGAGCAUGGGAUAAGCCUUCCUUUGAUGAUAUUUCACAAAAAAAUGUGACGGCCAUUGUGGGUCAAAGAGCUGCGCUCAGUUGUCACGUUAAAAAUCCCGGCAAUCGCACGAUAUCGUGGAUGAGAAUGAAGGACAUUCAUAUUCUGACGUCGUCGUUAGUGACGUACACAGGAGACGCGAGAUUUUCAGUAAAGCAUCCAGAGGGAAGUGACGAGUGGCGUCUAAUAAUCGAUUAUGUCCAGCCGAGAGACGCUGGACUGUACGAGUGCCAGGUCAAUACUGAGCCUAAACUUAAGAUGGCAUUUGCACUGAGGGUUGAAGAGACUGAUCCAGUCCCCGAUGUCAAGUCAAACGCGGUACGACGGAAAUUCGAAUCAGCGGCGCAAGCGACAAUUCUGGGCGCUGAAGACGUCUAUGUAAAAAAAGGCAGCACUAUCAGUCUUACAUGCAAAGUUAACGUCCAAAGUACACCCCCAAGUAGUGUCACGUGGCAUCAUGGUAGCGCAGUAGUUGAUUUUGACAGUCCAAGCGUUCACCAUAGGGGCGGUGUCUCCCUGGAAACGGAGAAAACGGAGAGCGGUACGACGAGUAAACUGUUGGUGACGCAAGCAAGAUCAACCGACAGCGGAAAUUACACCUGCAUCCCCAGCAACGCAAACCCUGCAAGCGUAAUGGUCCACGUUCUGAAUGGUGAACACCCAGCAGCAAUGCAACACGGGGGUAGUUGUCGAUUAACACCAACAAUAUUAUUGGCCUUGCUCACACUUCUCACGGCGAAUCUACUGAGAUGAGCUAAUAUUCUGGACAUUUAUAGGCCUAACUAUACAUAAAUAAAUAUAAUAAUAAUAAUAAUAAUAAUAUUUAAACCCCCGCGAUAAUCCGUUAAAGUAAACUAUAAAUAUUUAAAUGAAAAUAACACCCGAGUACGAAAGAAGUGGAUUUAUACAGCAUUAACAAUAGCCCUCGGGUAUUUAGUUUAUUUAUUGUUGUGAGUGGAACAUGUGUACGUGUGUACAUUGUAAUCUCAAGAACGGUGUUUGUAUAUGGCAAUUGGUUGGUUUAACUUAAUUAUUUGUCCUCAAGGCAACAGUUAAAUAUAAAUAAAUGUCAUUAAUAUCGUGAUGUAUAUUUAAAAAUGAGUAAAUUAAAUUUUAAUUUGUUUUAUAAAGUAAAGUGGAUUUAUUGGGUUACUGUGGACGAUCUAAUACGUAAGUUUAAUUGUAAAUUUGGUAAGUUAUCAGUAGACAUAAUUAUUAAUAAUAAUAAUAAUUGGUAUUAUAAUAAUUUAUUAAGUUUACCAAUAAUGUGUAAAAUACAUAUUAAUAAUUAUUGUAUGUAUUUAAGUUUUAAAAUAAUAAUAAUAAUUAUAAUGAUAAAAUAACAUAUUUUUUUUAUUUAUUAUUUUGGACUAUAUAAAAUUAUUUAUUGUGACGAUUAAAAAAAAUAGAGCUUGAAAUAAUUGAUAUAUAUAUAUAUAAAUUUUUUUGUUUUCGUUUUGAUGCAUGCGAAAAUUUAAUUAGAGUUGAUGAAAAUUUUUUAAUAGAUAAAUUUAAAUUUAGUUGAGCUAAAAAAUUUAUGGCGGUAAAAAUUAUUAAUGUGGAGGUAUUCUCAUUAAGUGGUUGAAAAAAAAAAAUUUUAUUUUAUCCCGUGUAGAAAAAAUUCUGCAUGUGGAACUUCUAAAAAUAAGACAGAUUAGAACUUCGAGUGGAACUUUUUUGGAGCGUUAGUAAUUUUGAUGGUAAAAAAAAAGUUUUUAUGAGUAAUUUUAGAGUCAAAAAAGGAUGUUUUUGGAACUUUUUGGAAUUUCUGAUGGAUGUUUUUUUUAGUUCUAUAAAAAAUUCACAAGUAGUGAUUUUGGAAUGUUUUGGAAUGCCUUUUUUAGUUCAUAAAAAAGUCAAAAGUGGUGAUUCUGGAACUUUUUUGGAAUGUCCAUGUAAAAUUCCAAAAAAGUUCCAAAAACGUCUUUUUUGGACUAUAAAUUUGCUCAUAAACAUUUUUUUUUUACCAUCAAAAUUAUUAACGUUCGAAAAAAGUUCCAUUCGAAGUUCUAAUCUGUCUCAUGUUUAGAAGUUCCACAUGCGGAACUUUUUUGGAAUUUUUUUUACACGGAAUUUUGAGGGUAAUUAUUUGUGAGAAAUAUUUAAAAGUCAUUGAAACUUUAAAUUUGGAAUUGUUUUCAAAUUACAGCAGUAAGAUGGACGACUCAAUCGCGAGGGACAUGGACGGUUUUUUUUAUAUAAUACAUGCUCAAAAUAAACGCCGUUAAAUGCCUAAGAUCAGCCUCAUUAAAUGUUUCAUUGAACCCACUUCUGAUUGGUUGGAUGCAGUGUUUAAAUUUUCUUAACUUUCCGGUUGUGGUGCAGCACAGACCUGACGGGGUCCUGUACGCAUAUUAUCCAGUCAGGGUCCGCACAGUAAUCAGUGUGCCGCUGCACCGAGACCGAGCAUUUUUUUACAGCACCAUAUUGUCGGGUGCAGAACAGUAAUCAGUCGGGUUCCAAUUUUUCCGUGGAUAAAAAUAAACUUGAUCGGUAAAUUUAUGAUCGAUUUUUAAAAUAACGGUAACAAAAUCAAGCCAAUGUGUAAAUCCUCCUCAAGAAAUUGACGAAUGAUGUCUUAUUUUUUUUUUAAUAUCUCGCCAAUGGGAUGUGAGGUUGAAUUUAAUCGGAAACAGGAACGUCCUUUCGCUUCCUCACACAAUUUCGGAAUAAUUUAUUCAUUUUAUCGAAUUUCCAAAAAUUUUUUUUUUUUUUUAAUAUCUAACGAUAAUAAAAACUGAAAAUUUUUAUGAGUCGAUAUUUUUCAAAGUAUAAUUAAAACUAUCGAACGGUAUUUAAGAUUUUUUACGCUGGUUUAAUGAGAAUAUUUCCUUGCAUUUUUAAAAUAAAAAAAAAAUUGUGAAAAUUUGUGUGUAAAAAAAAAUUGAUUACUAUUAUUACUAUAAAAUAUUUAUAGGCGAGAGUAUAUAAAUAAAGUAGCAGUGAAACAAUAAACAAUGAAUUAACUUCGUGAAAAUUUCUAAUUUUUUGAAAAAAAUAUUUUGAUUUUUUUUCUAUUAACGAAAUCAAAUUAAUAUCGAGUAAUGAAAAAACGAACAAUCAAAUAAAAUAUAAAUAAAAUAAAUUAAUGAAAUUACUGAGUGGCAUUAAGUGAAAAAAUUUUAAUUGAUAAUUAAAUUUUAAAAAAUGUUUAUUGAAAAAUUUAGAGUAUAUUGUGUAUAGAUAUUAAAAAAAUAUAUAUAAUAUGUAUAAAUAUAUUAAUAUGUUUAAAGAAAAACACUCGGUGUAUACUAAAGUCUUUCGGGCGGGAAAUUAUGCCACAGGUUUAAAUAAUUUAAAGAAAAUAUUUAAUUACUUUUAUUAAUUCAGACAUAAAAUUAAUUGAUUAAUUUAAUUAUUAAAUUUCCAUUCCAUAAAUUUAAUUUUUUAUUCCGACGAAUUUGUUUAUUCAAUUAAUUAACAAUAAAUAAAAUAUAUUACUCGUAGGCUUAUGAGAGACGAAAACUUAAAUUAGACAAUUAACGGAGGAUAAAUGUGAACAUAAUUAUCGAUUUAUCGCAUGAAAAUGGAUAUGAAAUUGCGUAAAAGAAUAAAAAAAUUGAUAUUGAUAUUGAAGAAAAAAUAUUAAAAAUAAAAUUAAUUAGAUAUAUUAAUUUUAGAGUGUAUAGAUUUUUUAUAUAUUAAUAAAACACGCACCUCAACGAGCUGACAUUCAAAGACUGUUGACUUGUUCAUCACAUUUGUAAUGCUUUGUCAUUGAUACAUUUAAUUACUUUAUUAGUUAGUAGAGUAAAAGUGGGAGGUACGCAAAGUCGAAUAUCUACUUGUUGUACAUCAGAUAUAAAUUUAAAAAAAAAAACAUCGGUUGUUGAAUCCCGGGAUUGAAAGCUGGACCUUCUUGUUACAGCUAACGCCUUUGAGGUUAAACGGUAUCUGACCUUUUUCACUCUCAGAAAAAUUAACGAAUUUAGUUGUACUCUUUGUUGAGUAAAUGAUAAUUUAAGAUUGAUUUUUUUCCGAAACGAAGUAAAAUUUUUGGAAAUAUGAACUUUUGAGUCCUCUGUUAAAGUUCUGAAAAUCUACUAAAGACUCCAUUUUAACAUUCAACGGUAACCCUAAAAAUUUGCAUGCUACAAGUAAUGCCGGUCUGACAGACCGCCAUUAGAAGUAUUUACAUGAAUAAAACUAUCUCUUCAGGAAAAAGACAUGAAUUAAUGCUAAUAUAAACUUUAUUAAUUUUGAAACUUCACAUUAAUUAAUAUUUUAACACAAACUUAAAAAAAAGUUUCAUUAAUUUCAAAUUUGAUUGGCGGUUUGUCAGACCGGGGUUAGCGUUUAAAGGUUAAGUUUCCAUUGUUAGUCUGUGAACUAAAUUUAAUCGAAAAUCGGUUACCGUCUCUCCUUAAUAUUUAAACGCACAUGUUACGGCGGGCAAUUUAAAUUUGAAUAAAUAAAUAGACAUUAUAUUAAAUAUUUCAUAUAAACAUUUGACAUUCUUGUAAAUUUAAUUUUCCAGCUCAGAAAAAAUUCAGAUAAAAGUUAAUUAUUUUUUCAAAAGAUCAAUGGUCAUAUGUAAGAAUUUCUAAAUAUAAAAAAAAGUUAUGAAAAAUUUAAUUUAAAGAUUUUAUCAGACAAUUUAAUUUUUCUUGCGCAUAAUUAUUAAAUUUCUGCUCAACAAUUCAUAGUUUAAAAAAAAAUUUCAACUUUCCCACUUUUACUUUAAUGCGAUAAGUAACUGAUUGAUAAUUAAUAAAAAAAAUAAUUACUUGACAGCGUUUUAUUUAUUAAUUAUAUAUUUUUUCCAUUAUAUAUUAAUCAUGUAUACGAAGACGACAAUGGAAUUAACAAAUUACAGUUCGAUUUUUUUUUUAAUUUAAUUAAUUAAAAGUUGUAAUCAAUAAACGAUAAGAAAAAAAAAAUAUGUCCGAAGAAAAAUGAUAUUUAUUGUGUAAAAAAUAUAUGAAUUUAACAUAUUAUUAAAAUUAUAUUAAUUGCAGAAUAAAAACCAUUUUUCUUCACUUAUUGUCGUUUAAAAAAAAAUAAUAAUAAAAUAACGAGAUGUCGUUGGUAUGACGGUGGUAUCGAUCGAUCACAGAAUAAAUAAAUGGAUAUAAAAAAUAAAAAAUAAAAUUAAUGGGGACUUUACGCUGCUGAAGAGAGAAAAUAAUAAUAAUAAUAUUUAUCGUUGGGAAUAAAUGCACAACGAGACAGAAAUCUCCAAUAAAUUCGUGAAUAAUUUUAACGACUACGCGGUAAAUUUAUCGCAUCAGAAAAUUUUAUAGUAAAAAAAAAAAAUCUAAUAAAUAAUUAAAAUAAAAUACUAGAGCGCAUUGUAAAUAAUAAAAAUAAAUUAAUAAAACGUUCAUACUGAUUAUGUAUCAUGUUAAAAGACAAAUGUGUGAACGAUUAAAAUAAUAAAUAAAUUGUGUGACUGAUGAAUGAAAAUUGUAAUGUAAAAAAAUAUCUCUUGACGUGACACACACUAUUGUUUAAAUAAAUGUAAUAAUAAUUAAAAAAAGAAAAAAAAUCAAAAUUUAA